AUGGUCGUGUGGAAUGCUCGUGGCCUACUCCAUUCGGAUGCCAGGCUGCGCAGACGCAAGCAGGCGCUGCUCGCAUCGUACAUGAAGGUCAAUGCCAUCAUCGCGGUGCAAGAGGUCCACGGCUCCGAGGACGCGCUCAGGAUCUUCCUCCAGGCGCAGCCGCAGAACAUCCUUGCCGACUCAAGAUCCCUUGUCAAGUUCACGUACCUCCUCGUCUUCACCGGCUACAAGUCGCUCCACCAAUCGGUCAAGUUCACGAAGUCCCCCUCCGACGCCCACGACGAAGCCAAUCGACACCCGGUCAACUUCGUCUCUGUGGCCGCUGGACGAGCGGCGCUCCUCACGAUCACCGACAGCACGGGCAAGUACAGCAUGCAGAUCUUCAACAUUCACAACUACGACCUCAAGCCGCACGAGUUUUCCAUUGAAUCACAAUGGCCGACUCACUACGACAAGUCCUGCAAGCAGCUGUCCACGAUCGACCGCAUCUUCGUGGGGAUUGACGCGCAUGCCAUGCUGUCGGUCUCAACGAUCCUGACCACCGCGAGGGAUGCGAUGGAGCUCUCCGAGGCUGGCAUCAGCGACCACGCGCCCCUCGUCUUGCAGAUCACUGCUGCUCGACACGUCCCGCGAGACGAGCAGCCGAUUCCGACGCACCUCUUCAACCACAAGAAGUACCCCGAGGCUUACUCGCUCAUGCUGGCGCACUGUUCCCUAGAGGGGGAAACGGCGGAAGGUCGCUGGAGAGCAGCGAAGCAGUGCAUGAAGCUAGCCGCUCGACGUGUGCGGGAUGAACAGCUGAGAACCAACUUCUCCCUCCGCGUCAAGGACUCCACGGCCGAGACCUCGUGCAUGGGCUUCAAAUCGGCGGCGAGAGCCGUCUGGCGACAGGACGCCGUCCUGGCGGGCAGGCUUCUUGACUCCUGCCCCGCGCUGGCGACCCACCUCAAAGUCACCGACGGCACCGUGCACAUUGUGGACACCAACAGCUUUGCUACCAACUUCGACGCAAUUGCUGAGCGGGUGCACUCUAUGAGAAGACAAGUGGCGGAGGCCGCAGCUCGGACAGCCAACGUGCGCGACAGCGCAGCCUGGCGGAGAGUUGAACGUAAGGCCGCCAGACACGCUCAGCUGUGGGUCCCCUGGCGGCGGCGCAUGAUCCUCUCUGGCCUGCGCGUGGACUCUUCACCGUGUACCGCCAAGGACUUGCAGGUGGCCCAGCAUGUGGUCUCCGACCCCGCGGGCAUGAAGACGAUUGUGGCGAACUACUGGGGAGAGAUCUUCGCGAAGAUGCCGAACGAUGAGCAGCUCAAGACCAUGGGCUCAUUCUUGGACAAGCAUGCACCGCGGUACCCGGUGGUGGAACUACCCCAACCUGCCCUCCACAACCUCGAACGAGCGGUCAGCAGAGCACCUCCAAGCGCUGCGGGACCUGACCAACUCACGUACGCCGCAUGGCGACGCAGUCCUGGUGCGCUGCAGCAUCUCCACGGACUCAUGGAGACCAUCUUCAACGACGGAGUCGCCCCGCUCGACCUCAACUGGUCGAUCUUCAUCUGCGUCCCCAAGGGCACGGAGGAGGACGACGUCCCUGACUCAUGCACUCGCACGGCAUCCACCGUGCGCACUCUCUCCCUCAAGAACUGCGACGCCAAGCUGAUUGCGGCAUGCGCGGAUCGAGGACUGCAGCCUAUUGCCACAUCAUCUACCUCACCCGAGCAGAAGGGCUUCACUGCGGGGCGGCGUUUCGUCGACCACAUCCCUUUCCUGGACGCAGAAUGCCGCAGGGAAGGACUUCUCCCUGAUGCUGCGGCCCGCCGCCCCAUGUUCCUGUCGUUCGACUUCCGCCAGGCCUUCCCAUCGCUCUUCAGGGAAGUCAUCGAGAAGGUCCUCCCGCGCUACGGAGUUCCGCUGGGCUUUCGCAACGUGAUCAUGGCGCUCUACAGCAACUGCCUCGCCUUCAGCUCCUUCCGAGCCGAGGGCACCAGCGCGGAGCUGGAGCCACUGUUUGCGCUCUUGUGCGGCAUCAUGCAAGGAUGCCCGCUCUCUGGCACGGUCUGGUGUCUGGCCAUGGAUGCUCCCAUCCGCGCCCUGCUAGCAGCGAUCGCCGAGCACGGAUCCCUCACAGCCUGCGCGGACGACCUCGGGAUGCUGAUCAAGAACGCAGUCGCCCUCCCGAGCAUCGAUCGCACCUUCGUCUCCAUCGAGUUCGCCUUCAAUCCGCAGCUGGCACUCCACAAGUGCGUGCUGGUCCCGCUGUGGGAGGAGAUCACGGACAACACACUGCAAAACGUCAAGUCAUUCCUUGCGGGGGCGGUCCCACGCUGGAGUGGCUUCCGCAUCGACUCUUCGGCCAAGUACCUCGGGACCUACCUGGGCCCUGGCGUCACGGACUUUGGCAUCUGGAAGGCCGCGGCGGGGAAGUGGUGGCCCCGUUGCUGGGAGCUGGCGCGCACGGGCAUGGCCACCAGCCUUGCUGCCCGUGCAUACAACAUCAACGCGCUGCCGUGCCUCUCGUACCUGGCUCAGUUCUACUUCAUCGUGCCCGCCAUCUGGAAGGUCGAGUUCACCUCCCUGCACCGCCUGCUGCGACUGCCACCGUCCUCCAUGCGCAAGGCGGACAUCCUCUCGAUGAGCGCGUGGUGUGGCUCGCCGGCGCCGAUUGGCCUCUUCCCGUACACGAUCGCCGCGAUGAUGCGUUCUGCGGAGAACACGGUGAGGGGCUGGGAUGUGCACCUCCGCCACCUACAUGAAGCUGCAGUGGAACACGUACCACUGACCGAUGUGAUCAAGGGCAAUUGGUCACCACCGUGGUGGCGUACGAGAAGGGCGAUCGUGCAGAACUACGCCAUGGUCUCGGACUCCCUCGAAAUGCUCGACAUCCCCAGGCCGACGCUGGACUCGCUCUCGAUCCCGAUCCCGCGCAGGUGCAUCUUGAAGGCGAAGACGGCGAUGCUCCUGGAGACGAAGAACGCGGCCGCUGCCACCCCUGCCAGGAAGCCCAAGCGCCAAGCCGUGGCUGCUGCAGCGCUCCGUGGCAUGCUGUACCCUGAGGACCUCGUCGCCAUCAUCCACCGCCGGCUCCGCAGGUGGGGGAUCGACUGCCCGCUGCCCGUCCUGCGUGAGAGAUGGCCUCCGCUGCGCUGCAAGCUGACGGAGGUCCGCCCAGCUUGGAUGUGGUCGUGGCUGCGCACGGCGGUCAAUGGCUGGACCACCUCGCGUCGCAUGAGCGCCGUCAUCGACGCUCGCCAGUGCAUCUUCGGCUGCGACGGUGAGGACGCGCUGGAGCACUACGUUCUCUGCCCGACCCUGCGGGCGAUGGCCGCGGGCGAUGGGGGCGCCGACGCCAUCGGCAGUGGCCUGGAGCUCCUCGGGCUCGGCGACGAGCUGUACCACACGAAGCGGUCCCACGUGGACUGCAUCUUCACCAUCGGCCUCAUGUGCCAGUGCUACCACAUCCAGAAGUACAGGAUGGACGUGGGGCUGGCCGUGGGCGUCGACCAGCGGGCCUCCGUGAGGUUGGCCGCGCUCCAUCGCAUGCAGGCUUAG